UUAUUGUGGAUAGUAUUAUUUUCUGUUUGUUUAGCUAAUAUCGAUGAAGUAACUAAAGUAGUUAUUGAUCACUUAAAUGACACUAGCAUUCCCGAAGAGCGCAUACACAGCGGAAUUGUAAUUAUUUCGAGUCUUUAUGUAACCAUAAACGCAAUUAAUCUAAUUGCCUCAAUACUAUUAAUUUUUGGAACAAUUAAGGAACGCCACUUACUUCUUCUGCCCUGGCUUAUAAAUUCUGGAGUGUCUCUAUUUUUCAAUGGUCUGUACUUUAUAACUAUUUUGGUACUGGGUAUAUCAGUUGGUUCGGCAUUUAGUUCUGUUGCUGUUUCUAUUAUAAGCGGAGGAAUAAGCUUAGCAUUGCAAAUAUUUAUUUGGUAUGGAAUGUACUCUUUGUUUAAACAAAUACAAUGUGGCCGAGAUCAGCGCCAAUACCUUCUUCAUCAUAAUAGAGCUUCCUAUCCGUCAUACACCAAUUUUUAAAAUACGAAAUAUAUAUUGUAUUGUUAAAAUUAUUUUCAAUUAACGAAUAUUGUUGAUUUUGCUUAUAUAAAUUA